GAGGAGGAGGUGGCGAUGGCCCGGGGAGGCGGGGGGACCGCUGUUUAUUUGCAGCUGGGCCAACUCGGAGGCGCAGGCGGCGGCGGCAGGUCCAGCGCCCGCCGCACCAUGCCCGAGCCCACCUCCAGGCAGCCGCUGCGCGCCGCCGGGGCCCCGGCCGGGGAGGAUGCCAGACGCCCGGCAGAGGCCAGGGCAGCAGCGGUGGCGGCGCGAUGGUGGUGACCGGCUCUGCCCGAGGCGGCGGCGGCGGCGGCGGCGGGGACCGCGCGCCCUCCCGGCGGCGGCGGCAGCGGGACUGCGGACUCGCGCCGGCCGGGGCGGCGGCGCUGCUGGCCGGGGCGAGCUGCCUGUGCUACGGCCGCUCCCUGCAGGGCGAGUUCGUGCACGACGAUGUGUGGGCGAUCGUGAACAACCCCGACCUGCGGCCCGGCACCCCGCUCCGUUGGGGCAUCUUCGCCAACGACUUCUGGGGCAAGGGCAUGGCUGAGAACACCAGCCACAAGUCCUACCGGCCGCUCUGCGUCCUCACCUUCAAGCUAAACAUAUUUUUGACUGGCAUGAACCCAUUUUACUUUCAUGCAGUGAAUGUAAUUUUGCACUGCCUGGUGACUCUUGUGCUGAUGUACACCUGUGACAAAACGGUCUUCAAGAAUCGUGGACUCGCUUUUGUUACGGCAUUGCUCUUUGCUGUGCAUCCUAUUCACACAGAGGCGGUAGCUGGAAUUGUUGGCAGAGCUGACGUGUUAGCGUGCCUGCUGUUUCUGUUGGCCUUUCUCUCCUACAAUAGGAGUGUGGACCAGUGCUGUGCUGGGGAGUGUUUCCCUUCCACGGCCUCUCCUUUCUACUUGCUGCUCGGUUUGUUCCUGGGGACCUGCGCCAUGCUGGUGAAAGAGACGGGCAUCACCGUGUUCGGAGUGUGCUUGGUGUAUGAUCUGUUUUCCCUAUCCCACAAGCAAGAGAGAUCGAGCAAUGGGGUCAUCCCUCAGCGCAGCCCCCAGCAACCAGGGAGCCCCCAGCCCUCACUGCCAGCGCACCCCCUCCGGCAGAAUGGGAAGCAGCAGCGGUUCCCUCACAAAGGAGCCUGGAGUGGCUGCCACUCGCCAUUGCCACCAGAACCCAAGAGCGGUGGAUUCCCGGUGUCUCCUCGCGCUGUGUGGUCCAUGAUGAGGUAUCUGACUGCAAGCAGUAAUAGAAAUUUCCUGCUUACCAUGCGGCCAUUCUUAAAAAGGGCCAUUUUGGUCAUAAGUUAUGUGAUUGUUGUGUUGUACUUCCGCCUGUGGAUAAUGGGAGGAUCGAUGCCCCUCUUUUCAGAACAAGAUAAUCCAGCUUCAUUCUCCCCUUACAUUCUCACAAGAUUCCUUACGUAUUCCUACCUCUUGGCCUUCAACGUGUGGCUUCUGCUUGCACCUAUUACCCUGUGCUAUGACUGGCAGGUCGGCAGUAUUCCUCUGGUAGAGACCAUCUGGGACAUUCGGAAUCUCGCCACCAUCCUUUUGGCAGUAGUGAUGACCUUACUGAGCCUGCAUUGUUUAGCUGCCUUCAAGAGACUGGAGCACAAGGAGGUGUUGGUGGGUUUGUUGUUCCUGGUUUUCCCGUUCAUUCCAGCCAGCAAUCUCUUCUUCAGGGUGGGGUUUGUUGUGGCCGAGAGAGUCCUUUACAUGCCCAGCAUGGGCUACUGCAUCCUUUUUGUGCAUGGACUAAGCAAGCUCUGCAAUUGGCUAAAUCGAUGUGGAGCCACCACCCUGACAGUGUCCACUGUGCUGCUGCUGCUGCUUUUCUCCUGGAAAACUGUAAAGCAGAAUGAAAUCUGGCUGUCAAGAGAGUCCCUCUUCAGGUCUGGAGUUCAAACUCUGCCCCACAAUGCCAAGGUUCACUACAACUACGCAAAUUUCCUGAAGGAUCAAGGUCGGAACAGAGAAGCGAUCUACCACUACAGAACAGCCCUCAAACUGUACCCACGCCAUGCAAGUGCCCUGAACAACCUUGGAACACUAACAAGGAACACAGCAGAGGCAAAGAUGUACUAUCAGAGGGCUCUCCAGCUAAAUCCACAGCACAACCGGGCUCUGUUCAAUCUUGGGAAUCUCCUCAAGUCCCAGGAGAAAAAAGAAGAGGCUGUCACUUUGCUGAAAGAUUCCAUUCGAUAUGGUCCAGACUUUGCAGAUGCGUAUUCAAGCCUUGCUUCAUUACUGGCUGAGCAGGAGAGAUUUAAGGAAGCUGAAGAAAUGUACCAGGCUGGAAUAAAGAACUGUCCAGAUAGCUCAGACUUACACAACAACUAUGGAGUUUUCUUAGUUGAUACUGGCUCUCCUGAGAAGGCGGUGGCCCAUUACCAACAGGCCAUCAAACUUAGCCCGAGUCAUGAUGUGGCCAUGGUGAACCUGGGGAGGCUCUACCGGUCUCUGGGAGACAACAGCAUGGCUGAAGAGUGGUACAAACGCGCCCUGAAGGUGGCACGCAAAGCAGAGACACUGUCGCCUCUGGGAGCACUGUUCUACAACACCGGCCGAUACGAGGAGGCCUUGCAGAUUUACCGGGAAGCUGCAGCGCUUCAACCUUCUCACCGGGAGCUCCGUCUGGCCCUGGCUCAGGUUUUGGCCAUGAUGGGUCAGACGAAAGAAGCUGAAAGGAUGACCAAUCACAUUGUGUCAGAGGACACCGGAUGCCUCGAAUGCUAUCGCCUGCUGUCAGCAAUCUACAGCAAGCAGGAGCAGCACGACAAGGCACUUAGUGCUAUAGACAAGGCUCUCCAGCUGAAACCAAAGGACCCGAAGGUCAUUUCCGAACUUUUUUUCACAAAAGGAAACCAACUAAGAGAGCAGAACCUUCUGGACAAAGCUUUUGAGAGCUAUAAAGCCGCCGUGGAACUAAAUCCAGAUCAAGCGCAGGCCUGGAUGAACAUGGGUGGAAUCCAGCACAUCAAGGGAAACUACGUGUCUGCAAGAGCUUAUUAUGAGCGAGCCUUACUGCUGGUUCCAGACAGCAAACUGCUGCAGGAGAAUCUGGCCAAAUUGGAUCGCCUAGAAAAGCGAUUACAAGAAGUUCGGGAAAAGGAUCAAACAUAGCAGCAUUGGAUGCACCUGGACGGACGGUGGCUGGUGCCUCUGGAGGAGGAAGAAGUGAUGGAGGCCUUGCUGUCACGUCAGCAGGACAGCCAACGGAGCUUUCCUCUCACUCCCAGGCCAGGGGGCACAUUUGGAGACCCUCACUGGUAACCCUGUGUAUGGGACUUGCAUCUCCAUGAAAAAAAAAAAAAGAUAAAAAAGAACAAGCAAGAGCAAGGAGGCCCGAGAGGGAAGUAAUACAACAACGUUUUACAGAUUGUUUUUGGGGGUUUUUGCUUUAACUCCGAAUGUCCCUCCAUAUAUUUCUCCGCUUUUGCAACCCAGAGAUCUGGUUCUCUCUCUUAGGCUAGCUAAGCUUUGAUGUCCCAGUAAUACAGAAAUUGGAAAUGCUAUGAAGUUAGAUCUUUGCUUUUUAAUGGGAUAUUUCAAAGAGGAUAAUGUCUCUGAGAUAAGCCAUUUGGGACAUUCUACCAAGAGGUGGCUCAUUUAAUUCUUCAGCACCAGGAAGGAAUAUCAAAUAAUUUUUUGUAUAACCUUCCAAAAUAUGUGGAGAAAGGGGCUGUUGUUAAGUGAGCUUGAUCUAAUAUUCCCCUAAGGGUAUUGCUAGAGCCCUACGGAAUAGUAAGUUAAAUUCCACUCUGAAGCAAGUUUUUUCUAUGGCCUAACAUAUAAAAAAGGAAGCUUCUGGAAUUAUGUAUGGAUAUUCUUACCCCUCGGGGAAAAUCAAGAAUCUUGGUCCCCCUAAUUCUUUAUGGGAAAUUUAAACUUUAUUGCAAGUAGAGUAGUAGUUCUGCUCUAAGAUUUCAAAAGUACUUUUAAAAUCAUAAAUGUUUCUGCCACCACAUAUAUUAUUAUUUUGGUGAAGGAAAAAAUAGUAUAUUCUACUUGAGAAUUAUUAAAGAUGUUAACUGAGAGAAAUGUUCUACUUUAUUAUUUUAACAUUUAGACAUCAUGAGAUUUAUUAUUUUUGAAAAAAAUAUAUCUAGCCACCUAGGAAUCUUUACAGUAUAUAUCACGGAAAUCAUCAUAAACUAUGGACUAAAUGGAAAGAGACCUUUAUUAUUUUGUCUUCUUAGGCUGAAUGAGAAUUCUGUGCUUAAAAUGUGAGUGAUGUAAACCCAGAAUUCUUGGUUCUGUAUUUGUAAUUUUGGAGAAUUCAUAGAGAAGGCUCAAAAAAAUCUAGGAAAAAAUUCUAAAUUCAUAAUAUAAAAAAUAUAUAUAUUUAUAUUUUAAAAUAAGGAAGGCAAAGUUGAACUUAUCAAUUGACAUUUAUUUUUUAGUGUUAUUUAUUUCAUAACUUAUAAAAUAUUUAAUAUAUAUAUAUACACACACAAUUUUUUUUCAUUGUACAUAGUUGUUUUAAUAACAGCUUUUAAGACCAAUCAUACAAGCAUUAUAAAUCUAAAUUACAAAGCAGUUAAGUUUUAAUAGCACCUCAAAAAAGUUGCAUUGAUUAUUCAUUUGCUAAAGUUAAAGAAAUGGGGCUCAGCCUCUUCAGGGUUUGGGUAGUAGGAUAUUUUGGUACAUAUUUUGAAACUGGAAUACCUGGUUUUAAUUUGGUCAUCAUCAUAAAAAAUAAAAAUAAAAAACCUCUGGGCAGUGCUAUUUACAGUGCUGAGCCAGGUUCCAUGGAGAUACAGUAGUUUGAAGGCACACAUAUUUCCCAUGCUUAGGCCAGGGUAUGGAAAAGCAAAACAAAACAAAAAUUAAUAAAUAAAACAACAACAAAAAAAACCACCAAACUCUUCUGCUCGUUUUCACCCCAGUAUCAGAGAGCAGAGACCCUGUAUGUUUUUUUUUGUUGUUGUUGUUUUGUUUUGUUUUGUUUUGUUUUUGUGUGGUUUUUUGUUUUUGUUUUUGUUUUGGCAGGAGUCAGUAGGGAGAGGGAAGGUCAAGGUAAAUCUAGAUAAAAGGGGGGGUGGAAACUUUUUUAGAAAGUGAUGGUACAAGAAAUAUUUUAAAUGCAAAGGAUUACAGAAAUUGCAUUAGCAUAUAUCUGUGUGCAUCAAUAAUCCAAUAAUGUUUAUAUUACCAUUCUGAUUGUUUUUAAUACCCUUUUAAUGUUGUAUAUCAAAAAAGUUCCAAAAAAGGUUUCACAGUACAUUUGAAAAAUAUACUAUUAUUAUACUUGCCCCUAAAAUUAAUAUUAUGAAGCUCUGCCUAAAACUAAUAUCUAGGGCUUUAAUCACAACUUUUUAGAAUGAUCUGUAACCAAAACUCACACCUAUAAUAGAAAGUUAAUGGGCAAGACUGAGCCCCAAUUUUUGAAAAACAAUUAUGCCUUACUUGUUGAAGUGCUGGGAAAGCUAUGAGAGUACAUUUGUUGGAUUAAUUGAAAUAGCAAUUACAGCCUAAAGUUCUCGGGCGGUGGGGGUUGGGGAUGUUGGGGGUGUUGGGAAGGGUCACAUGGCCUUCAGGAGACUUUUUCUGUCUUCUUUUGGGUGCUUCCCCACCCCAACUCCAUGUCUGUUUUUGUUUUUGCUUUUGUUUUUGUUUUUCUCUCUCUCUCCCUACCUCCCCCCACCACCUUUCUCAUUCUGUGCACAUUAAAAUUUAGCACUGUUACAUUAGGUAUUUUGUCCUGAGUUAAUACCUUCACUGAGAUGUGGCCAAUGAAAUAAUUCUCAUAGUUGAAAUGGUGCCUAUAAGAAAAUAAAUCACAUUAUUUUUUCAAGGAUAUUAACUAUAUUUUUAACUAUUUUUGUUUGGUCCUUGUAACAUGAAAUAACAUGUGGAAUCCAUGCUUAUCACAAUAAAAGCUGAGUGCCCUGGCUAGUCAUGGAGGUGCAUCCAGGUUGCCCUUCAGGAAGCAUGAUCGGCAUGUGAGUUGAUAGCCCCUUUCUGCGAUGGAAUGAGCCUGCUUCGUGGAUGUGCAGUCUACACAGUCCCUCAGGGUCCUAUACCCAGGAGCACCUUAUGCUUGGUUGAAUUGCCUGAUUGAAAUUCUUAAUAAUUUUGAGCAGGAGUCCUGCGAUUGUAUUUUGUCCUAGGACCUUACAUAUGUCGCAGGUGCUGGGUAGGAGACAGUGGCUAAGGAGUUGCUUUAGUCUGGCUGAACACUUGAUCCAAUGACCAGAGUUUCAUUUGUUACUGUUACUCUCAGCAUCAUUUGUUAUUUUUCUUAGCUACAUUAAAGUUCCUUGUAUACAGAUAUAUGCUAAUCCUGCUGCCAGUCUGUCAAAUCUGUCCUUCAAUCCUACCCAGAACCCAUUCUCUUUGCCUUCAAAAUCCCCACAGGCGGCAGGCCUUUAACAUGUCCUUUGUUUGACACAGGAGCCAUGAGAAUGGCUUUGCAAAAUUAUUCAGGAUUUUUAAAACGAUUCAGUUCUUUUCCGUUUGUUAAUGGCAUUCAUAAGACAUGGCUCAGUGAUGUAACAAAGUUGAACUAAACCAAAGAUUUAAAUUCCUUGGAGGAAACUUUAUUUUAGAAACUCGUGACUCUAUUAUGCAGUUAGACCAUAGGCUAACAACGUCAAUGGGAGUUUAUGACUUUUACAAAAGAGAUGUUUAUAAUAUUUCACAAAAGAGAUGUUUAUAAUCUUUCUCAGUUUUAACUUUUAAGUCUAGACUAAAGUGAGCCAAAGAAUCCUAAAGAAGGAUUGAUUUGUGGCACAAUUGGUGGUUGAGGUUACCAUUCUAAGAUUGACAAACCAGGUGGGUUGGUGAGGUGGUUUUACACUUGUGGCAAUUGAGCUAUAAUUCGACAUGUAUUUACAGAGUUCUUAAUUCUAAGAUGGACAGGAAUUGCCUUGCCAUUUACAUGUACCCAGACGUGCUGAGUAUAUAAAACUCAUAUUUUUUUAUGACUCAAAGAAGGUGUCCAUGAUAUAGAGUUUAUGCCUAGACCCUAUAAUUCUCUUUCUUUGGGUUAAUUAUACACAUGUCAGCUUUUAUUAAUUAUUUCUUAAUUGUACUCGUUAGAAUCAGUUUAAAAAAAAUUUUGCUCUGAUUUGUGAUAGAUUUGUACCUUAGAUUAAUAACUCUUUGGGGUAUUAAUAACAAUAAUCAAAGAAAAUAUAGUUACAGGUAGUUUGUUUUCUAUUUUUACCCUGAUUUCCACAUCACAUUUACUUGGGUUAAACUGUAUGUUGGUAUUUUCUAGUAAUAGCAAAACUUAUCUAUUUUUAGCCAUCUUUUAGCAUUUAAAGAGAGAAAAUAUCUAUAGGUUAAUAUUAUAACUUUUUAAAUUAUUCUUGAAGUUUUCUAUGUAAAAGAACAAUAUGUUAAAACACUUCUUCCAAAAGUAGCAUUUUUUCAUUAUUUUUUAGUAAUCGUGUAACUUCAAGAGAAGAAAUAAAAUAACUGCAAUCAAAGGUAUGGCUUAAUAUCAAUGAAGAAAAUUCACAACAGAAUUGAUGGUAUUCCUAUCUUUCAUUGUCUUGUAUAAAAUGUUCCAUUAUUAUUACCAAGGGUCCUUGCAAUUAAAACCUUAGGAUAUGUAACUCAUAAAAUUAGCACCUAUCACAUAUACAACCAUUAUUAAUUUGCAAGUUUAGGUCACCAUUUACCCCAAACUGGAAAGGUGUCUAUAUCCAGAAAUCCAGAAGUUUCUUCCCAUGCUCAGUGGUGCCUGUGGUGAAUAUGGUAUCACAUUUGGAAGUCUCAAUGUGCAUAAUAUCCUCCUGAGGUCAUCAUGCUGGUCUGUAAGGAUGCACCAAGUCAGGAAUCCAGAGGUCUGGGUUCCUCGUCCCUCCUCUGCCACUGAGGAGCCAUCUCACCCUGGGCAGGUUAUCAGUGUCUCAGUCAUGUUUCUCACACAUUUAAGAACUGGUUCUAAGAAACUAUUAAGCUUUUAUGAGUCUCCUGACCCAGAUUGAAAGCCCUCUACAUCAGAAGACAUAAUUGAUAAGUGUUGCCCUUUGUUUUAGAAAUUCUUAAGAUAAUCACUACAACAGAACACAUAUACAAACAACCUCAAAAGUGAUUGGACUGCCCAAAUGCUUUUCCAUGGCAGAGAAGCCUCUUAUUUUACAUCCUGGACACAUAAAAAUUAGUGAUUUUGUUAUGUUUCUGGAGGGGAGAAAAAGAUGUUUAAAAAUGUCCUCCUCAGAAAUUAAAAUAUCUGUAGAAGCCAUGGCUUGCUUUUAUGAUGUGGCUAUCAGUUGACUUGCUGUAAUUCACACCAAUGCCUCCUUUUUUCAGGGAAAAAUGACUUGCAUCAUGUUCUUUGUUCAUAAUGCUUUUAUUUCCUACUUUGAUCAGUUGUAUAUAAGUAUACAUUUUUGUUAUGUUUGCUGUGCCAGUUAGGAAUAUAUCUCCCAUGUAAGUCUGAUUAUGUACACUUUGCCUAGGUCUUUCCAAAAUAAAAUUUAUGUAAAUGUCUAUUUUAUAUAAAAUAUGAUGAAAAUAA